AUGGCCACGCUCUCCCAGACGCGUAGCCAUAGUGGCCAUAAACAUAGUCAUGGACAUCAUCACCAUGAUAAUGUUUACCUUACCUCGCAGAAUAAAAAUGAUGCUGGUGUUCGUAUUACCCGAAUUGGCCUAUACUCAAAUCUUGGUAUGGCAAUUGCAAAAGGGGCUGGUGGUUACUUAUUUAAUUCCAAAGCAAUGGUUGCCGAUGCAAUCCAUAGCUUAACAGAUCUCGCAUCUGAUAUUCUGACUUUGGCUACUAUAUCUUGGAGCUUGAAACCCCCCACGGAUAAAUAUCCUACUGGGUUUGGAAAGGUCGAAAGUUUAGGAUCGUUGGGUGUGUCGAGCAUGCUUCUUUUCGGAGGUCUUUAUAUGGGGUACGGCAGUCUCUUAACGCUCUAUGGUCAUUUUUUCCUUGAUGCGGCCUCUGCAGCAGAGUUGAUAUCACACGCGCAUGCACACAGUCACAGCCAUGGUCAUGAACAUGGUGCCGAUGUAGUACCCAGUCUGCAUGCUGCAUGGUUAGCUGCGGGCACGGUUGCCAUUAAGGAGUGGUUGUAUCAUGCAACUAUGAAAGUUGCUCGCGAACGAAAAUCAUCGGUCCUCGCCUCGAAUGCCGUCCACCACCGAAUCGAUAGUCUCACUGGCAUUGUCACGUUAGCAGUGAUUUUAGGCGCGAACUUGGUAGAAAAUGCAGCAUGGUUAGAUCCUGUCGGGGGUCUCCUGAUAUCCUUGAUGGUGGUGAAGGCCGGGGUUGAGAACACUAUGGCGGCUUUUCUCGAAUUGGCCGAUAAGACUGUUGAUGAUGAAGUCAAAACUUCGGUCCGAAAACAGGUUCAGAGAGCUUUCUCAGAUAUUCCCGAGGGACAUGAAAUAGAGCUCCGCGGCGUCACAGGUGUCAAGUCCGGUCAGAAUUACCUGGUGGAUUUGGAGGUAGCCGUGCCGGGAAGCUGGACAGUAGAAGCUGUUGGCGAAACGGAAGACCAAAUCAGGACUCGGGUCGGUAGCAAGGUGCGAGGUGUUCGCAGGGUACGCGUCCGUUUCCUACCUAAAGAUAUCGUUACCCCCAAGUUUGACGAAUUCAUCCCUGGCGAUGUGAGCCCUCGAUCGAGCCCGGAGCCUGAGGACGACCCCAGUCACAAUCACAACCACAAUGGGAACGGAGACCAUAAGUCGAAGUAA